AUCUUCGGGAGACCAUGUGUCGAAGUGUCAAAAGAAUUUUAUAGGAUUUGUUUACACUUUUCUCGAAGAUUUUCACGUUGAAUUUAUCUUCUGACUCGUGAGAAAACCAUGGCGAGACGUCCUGAACACUUGGCUCCACCCGAAAUUUUCUAUAAUGAAGAAGAGGCACGAAAGUACACAAAUAAUACCCGAAUCAUCGAUAUUCAGGUGCAAAUGUGUGAGAGAGCAGUGGAACUACUUGCCCUCCCAGAAGAUCAGCCAAGUUUCAUUCUCGACGUGGGAUGCGGUUCAGGACUCUCAGGAAGUGUUCUUGAAGAUCAGAGUCACACGUGGAUUGGACUAGAUAUUGCGCAAGCUAUGUUGGAUGUUGCCGUGGAGCGUGAAGUUGAAGGAGACUUGAUUCUCGGUGACAUGGGACAGGGUGUGCCCUUCAGAGCUGGAACAUUUGAUGGAGCCAUCUCAAUAUCUGCACUACAAUGGCUCUGCAAUGCUGACAAGAAAAGCCACAAUCCACAAAAGAGACUGUACAAAUUCUUCAGCUCCCUGUUCUCCUGCCUCACUCGCACUGCUCGGGCUGUAUUCCAAUUCUACCCUGAGAAUGCAAGUCAAAUUGAAUUGGUAACGUCACAGGCCAUGAAAGCAGGAUUCUUGGGUGGCCUUGUGGUGGAUUUUCCCAAUUCUGCGAAAGCCAAGAAAUAUUUUCUGGUUCUGAUGACUGGUGGAUUGGCUCAACUGCCUCAAGCUUUAGGAACUGAUGGGAGUUCUGAGCAGGUGGAUUAUGCAAAAAAGCGGGAAAUGGCUAAGAGAGCGCGUGGGAAGCCCCUGAAGAAGUCCAGGGACUGGAUUUUGGCCAAGAAGGAGCGUCGAAGACGUCAGGGAAAAGAGACACGAGCAGACACAAGGUACACCGGCAGAAAACGUCCUGAUAGUUUUUGAUACAUCUUCAGCAGUUCAAUAAAGUGCUUGGGAAGUUCUA